CAGUCACCUGAGGGUGCGCAGUGACACAAAUGAACCAAAAUAAAUAUGGCAGAGCGGCAUCGAUCGCAUACAUAACAUUGUUUGGUUGUGGGUGAGCGAGAAUGAGCGAGGUGGAGAAGAAAAAAAACGUCCAAACAGUUCAUCGACAGCAGCAACACACAGAGACAGUGCAUCGGCGUGAAUGUGAAUCUUUUUUUCUGUUAAAUAAUUCGUUUUUCACCAACCGGUGCGGUUGAAUCAUUGCCCACUGAAAGUUUAUAGUGCCUGUAAUCUGGUUGGGUAUAUUUUCAGUCCAGAUUCUAUUCUCGGAUAUCGGUGUUAGGCUACGAAUGAACCAAUCAUCGCACAAAAGUUAAGAUCGAAUCGUCAUAAUGGAAGCUGACAUGGAGGAAAUCAUAGCCGGCCUGAAGAACGCAACACUGGAGAAAAGUCCCGAACAGGCUCUACCACGGCUGAAGCAAAUUGUCGAAGCAGAAUCCAAUCUCAACGAGAAGUAUGACAUCAAGUCCGAUUUGCUUGAGCUACUUUCCUUGGGCAAUCAGGACGUUCACGUUCAAGUGGCCAGGUGUAUCGCCGAGGUGGCAAAAGCUGAAAAUCAACGCGAUAAAUUUACCAAAGAAGACAUCAUCCAGAAGCUGCUUUCAUUUUUGUCCGGCAACGAAAACAGCCAGUUGGAAAUGAACGUCCAAGUCUGUCGAGCGUUGGGUAAUAUCUGCUACGCAAAUGACGAUGCACGCAAUAUCAUUAAAGCGCUGAAAGGUGACGAGCGAAUCUUUUCGCUAUUGAAUCUCGAUAUGGAUACGGAUGAAGAAGAUAAGGAUCAAUUUGUGCGAGUUCGAUGUGGAUUGAUUUCGAAUUACCUGCUUGGCAGUGACGACAUCGCCGAGAGGGCAGUGGAGCUUCAGAUUAUUGCUAAAAUUGAGAAAAUCAUUGCCCGCUGCGUGGUAGAUGUGGACAAGUAUGAGGAUCUUCUGCUGAAUGUACUUCCACCGCUGAGUAUCCUGACGGAACAGAUCAGUGAUUUAUACUUCGAAUCUUCGCUCAACAAGUUGAUUGCACAAGUACUAGCCAAAUGCACAAAUCCGGACCUGGCUGAGUCAUGUUUGGCGUUGUUGCACUAUGAGGCUCAGAACGACGAUGUGAAACUGCUGCUGGCCGAGGAGGGCCUAUGCGAAACGAUAUACAAAUUGCUGGAGAAAUAUAAAACUUUUGCGAAUACAGACGAAGCACGAGUACUGAUGAAAUUGGCCUGUGAUCUGAUUGUUCUUAUUCUGACCGGAGACAAAUCAAUGCACUAUCUUUACUCAACGCCUCUUUUAAAGUAUAUGGAAGAUUGGCUCGAUUCCCAAGACGUGGAACUGUUGACCACCGGUGUGUUGGCAUUGGGAAACUUCGCCCGCACCGACAGCCAUUGCAUUUACAUGGUCGAAAACAAAAUCAUGAAUAAAUUGCUUGAUAUUCUCGCGAAAAACAAUGGCAUCGAUCAUCAAAUGACCUUACAGCAUGCACUGCUGAGUACUCUAAAAAAUUUGGUUAUUCCCAAGCCAAACAAAGCUGCUGUCAUUGAGGCUGGGUUGGUGGAUAUCAUUCUGCCAAUGCUGCAGAUCCAUCAGCCACCGGUAGUUUUCAAGCUUCUAGGCACACUUCGAAUGACCGUCGAUGGUCAAGAAAAAUUGGCACAAGAACUUCUCCAGAAUGAGAAGUUAAUAAAGCAACUGGUACACUGGAGCAAAACUUCCGAGUUCACCGGCGUGUUGGGCGAAUCAUUGCGGCUGAUGGCUUGGCUCAUAAAGCAUGCCUAUCAUGCAAGUAAGGAUCUCGCGGUAGCUGAUGACACCGGACUUAGGAAAUUUGUAGCGGUUGAUGGCGCUGUUGACAGUAUGGUUGGAAUGUUGACUUCAACGCAUCUGGUUAUGCAAAACGAAGCACUUAUUGCGUUAAGUAUUUUGACUACAAUUUUUCACAGCGAAAGUUCCAAUGAUGUCAAGCUUGAUGUGUUGUUAAACAAUGCCGAUGUGGGCGCUAAGCUAGCUGAGCAAAUCACCCUGAAUGGAGAGACCAUGACGAAAGAAAUUGUGGAUAACCUUCAGACAUUCGUAAAGUUGCUGAAAACGUCCGAGACAUGUACAGAUAAUUUAAGAAAACAUAACAUAGACGAACUGAUGAAGUCUAUCCCUAGUCUUGUCGAAUAUGGUACACUUUAAAAUAUAUUUCGAUCUGCCAUUUAUACUGAUCUUUUUAUUGAUCGGUAUUGUUUUCUGAUAAUACUAUUUCUAUGAUAAUAUUAUUUUACAAUAACAGAAAAAACGGAGGAGAAAAGCUUGUUGAUUCAAUUCAUAGACUUCUAGAAACUGCAAUCGGCUGAUAGACUGUAGUAAAAUCGCUUUUACUAAAAGUAUUUGUAAUGUUCUUGCAAGCAAUCACGUUCGCGUGGUUUCAAAACAACAAAGCAUCAGUAAUAAUAAAUUAAACAUUCACAUUCGGCCAUAAUUUUGAUAUUAGACAAACCGUUAAUUAAACACCAUAAAACAAUUACUUCGUUUGAUAAAAUACGUGACAAAGUUUUCAAUCUGUAGAUACAUAAAAACUGUGUAGAACCACAUACAUUUUUAUAUUCACAUCGAAUCAACAGAGAUGCAUUUCACAAUUUGAUCUUCGACAUCACACAGUUUCGAUACCACUAAAAACAUUAUUGCACAAAAUGAUUCAAAACGAACAAAGAACUUUAUCGAAAUUAAUAUGUUGAGAGAGCAUUUGAAAUCGAGUAUAAGCAAUGUUUUCCAUAGUCACCAAUAAAAAAAAUGCGUUGAGAGAAUUCUAUUGAUACAUUCGUCAUUCAGAGGCGAAAACGGCCCAACCAGAUUGUUAUUUACAAGGUUACAAAAUAUAUACAUAAAUAUUUUGUUCUACGACAUCUUAAACUUUGUGAACUCUUAUAAUGCGACUAAAGGUUUGAUUGUAUUUAUUUCAUACACAUGGAACAAAAUUAAAUGUAAGCUCAUUUUGCAUGAUAAGAGACAAAUGUCAGUAGACAAACGGAGAACUGAGUAUAUGCAGAAAUACAGAACAUAGCGGUAACGAAACAUCGAACAUUGUAUAUCUGUGUGCAGUCAAGCAUAACUCAAUUUAUCUACAUCAUUAAAAAAAUAGUAAUUUGCAUGCAAAGAUACAGACACAAAGCAUAAAUAUAGAACAAUUUUGCGAAAUAAAGUGCUAUAAGUGAUAGAACA